UUUAUUUAUGUUUUUAAAUUUUUACCUGAUCAAUUAAUACUCCCAAAUUAGUGACACGAUCGAUUCUUGUUUCACAUAUCAUAUCACCAACACUUUCGCAAGCCAGACCAUUCGAUAUUUGGCAGGAAUGAAAAUGGAUUCCAAUUCCAUUCUUCACUCACUGCACCAAGACUAGUACUACUAACCAUCAGGAAGAAAAAGCUAGUGAAAUAAAAUAGUAUGGAGGAGGAGGAGGCCGAACCUACAAUCGGCAAUGAAAGCUUGAUAGAUUUGGUCUUCUCUUGGAGUAUCAAGGAUGUUCUCAACAAAGAUCUUUACAAGGACAAGGUGGAGCAGAUCCCAACAACAUUCCCGUCAACGUCUAGUUACAUGAAAUCAUUUAUCUUCCCUCUCAUUGAGGAAACACAUGCAGACUUGUGUUCAAGCAUGGCAUCAGUUUCGGUUGCACGAACAUGUGAAAUAUUGUCUGUAGAGAGUAGUAAAGAUUAUCAGCCUCCCAAAGACCUCUUCUAUAAUUUUGAAGUGGAUAAGAACAAUGGAGGGACAUAUGAACCUGAGACAGGAGAUCUCAUUGCCCUUACUGAUGUAAGACCAAAAUGCAUUGAUGAUUUGAGACGGCCUCCAAAUUUCUAUCUUAUUGCUUUAAUUCAACGGGUAAAGGCAGAAAAAGAUUGUUUAAAACUCCGAAUCUUGGCAUCAAUGCCGAUUGUGCUUGAACAUGACAUGCAAAAGAAUGCUCUUUUUGCUGUUUUCCUUGUAAAUAUGACAACAUACAGCCGUAUAUGGAAAGCACUAAACUCAGAUCCGGAUUCGAGAAACGUGAAUAUUAUUGAGAAACUGUUACGACCUGAUUCUUCUGCUGGGGACGAUUGUAGUCUUUGCUCAAUGAAAGAAAAGUACAGCUUUGUGGGGUCCAAUUUGCAUGCUGUCAUUCGCUCUUUUGGUCUAAACAACUCCCAAGAAGAAGCAGUUUUAAAGUGUAUUGCUAUGAAGGGUUGCUACCAUGAGAGCACAGUAAAGCUAAUUUGGGGCCCUCCUGGGACAGGGAAAACAAAGACGAUUGGAGUGUUGUUAUUUGCACUUCUGGGGAUGAAAUGCAGAACACUUACUUGUGCCCCAACCAACCGUGCGGUACUAGAAGUUACAGUGCGGCUGUUGAGGUUGGUUAUGGAGUCAGUUGAGUAUGGCAUUUAUGGGCUAGGAGACAUAGUUUUAUUUGGAAAUGUGAAGCGAAUGAAAAUUGAUGAUCACGAAGACCUUUUUAAUGUUUUUCUUGAUUAUCGGGCAAAAAUUCUGGCCAAGUGUUUUGCUCCGUUGACUGGGUGGAGACAUUGUUUACAAUUCAUGAUAUCUUUUCUUGAAGACCCUGAAUAUAAGUACCAUUUGUACUUAUGUGAUGAAAAUGAGGAAGAUGAAAGUAGUGAUGAUGAUGAGGAAGAGGGGGAGAAGGGAACUCUUAUGAAAGGGAUGCUGAAAUGCAAUGGACACAAAAAGGAACUAUAUGCUCAAAGCGUAAAAAAUGAGAAGAAUAAUAGAAUAUGGAGGAGUGUUAUUGCUCAAGCCUUGAAAGAAAAUAAGGGAAAGAAGAAAUGGAAUGAGGAGUCUUUGCAGAAGGAGAACCAUUCACAUUAUGGGAAAACAAAUCAUGGAAAUUUUCUUUCAAAAAAUAGGAGAAGAUUGAACUUCAGGGAAUUUGUAAAGAACAAAUUCAAAUCCAUAAGAAAGCAAAUGAAGGAUUUUGUUAUAAAUUUGUGUACCCACUUGCCAACUUAUUUUAUUUCAUUGGAAAUAGUAGAAAACAUGAUUAGAGCUCUAAAUUGUCUCGAGUACCUUGGAAUUUUAUUAUGUAGUGUUAUGGUUUCUGGUGAGGAAAUCAUCAAUAAAACUGAAGAUGGGGGAGAAGGUGUUGGUGGCAUUUCUGAGAUAAGUUUGUCAAAAAAUAAGUGCCUUCAAAUACUCAGAUCUCUUCCCGAGGAAUUCUUUCCCCCUGAUAUUUAUGGUGAACAUUCAAUCAAAAAAUUUUGUUUGGAUAAUGCACACGUGUUAUUCUGCACUGCUUCAAGCUCUGUCAAAUUACACAUGAAGGGAAUAACUCCAGUGGAACUGUUGAUUAUUGAUGAAGCUGCUCAGCUUAAAGAAUGCGAGUCAACAAUUCCUCUACAACUUCGUGGUCUUCGCCAUACCGUACUUGUAGGAGAUGAGCAGCAACUGCCUGCAUUGGUUAAAAGCAAGAUUUCUGAGAAGGCUGAAUUCGGAAGAAGUUCAUUUGAGAGGCUGGUACUAUUGAGGCACAGGAAGCACCUUCUCAAUGUCCAGUAUAGAAUGCAUCCAUCAAUAAGCUUAUUUCCGAAUCGGGAGUUCUACAACAAACAGAUAUUGGAUGGUCCAAAUGUCAAAGAAAAAUGCUAUAAGAGGAGUUUUCUUCAAGGAGAUUUAUAUGGUUCUUACUCUUUUAUAGAUAUAGCAUUUGGAAAUGAAGAAGUAAGUGAUGGUCCUGAUGGACAUAAUAGCCUGAGAAAUAUGGUGGAGGUAGCUGUAGUUUCUGAGAUAGUUGCAAGACUGUUUAAAGAAUCCGUUGCCUUAAAACAGAGGGUUAGCAUUGGUGUGAUAUCACCAUACAAUGCUCAGGUUAUUGCAAUUCAAGAGAAACUUGGAACAACAUACAGUACAGAUGCAGAGAGUGACUUCUUUGUGAGUGUUCGCUCAGUUGAUGGGUUUCAAGGCGGUGAGGAGGAUGUGAUAAUUAUUUCAACUGUCAGAAAUAAUGGGAAUGGGGGUAUAGGCUUCCUCUCAAAUCGUCAAAGAGUCAAUGUGGCUCUCACCAGAGCAAGGUAUUGCCUUUGGAUAGUGGGCAAUGGAUCAACUUUAAGAAACAGUGGGUCUGUUUGGAAGAAACUGAUCAUUGAUGCCAAGGCUAGGGGGUGUUUUCACAAUGCUGAUGAGGACAGGAACUUGGCUCUAGUUAUUAUAGCUGCUUUGGUUGAUGUUGACCAACUAGAUAUUCGACUCUAUAUUGAUUCUCUACUGUUCAGAGGGGCAAGGUGGAAGGUUUGCUUUGAUGAUAGUUUUUGGAAAUCGAUGGAAAAAAUUAAGAACAUUGAGAUCCGCAAGGAAGUUCUUUGUCUGUUGACGAAGCUUUCGAGUGGUUGGCAUCAGCCCCACAAGGAAGGAAGCCCCAUUUCUCUGGAUGGGAUAUCUACUCAGCUAUUGGAGUAUUAUAGGGUCAAUGAGCUGCUCAACCUCGUUUGGACAAUUGAUAUCCUUAAAGAAAAUUCUAACUGUAUCCAAGUUUUAAAGGUUUGGGAUAUAUUGGCAUUAUCUGAUAUACCAAAGCUAGCAAAGAAUCUUGACAACUAUUUUGAGAGUUAUACAGUGGAUGUCAUGAACCUAUGCAAAUUUAAACUUGUGGAGGGGAAUUUCACGGUUCCGAUGACCUGGACAGUGGUCCCAGAAACAGAUCCUUUGGAGUUUUUGUCAAGUCAAUUUUCUGGACUCAGUUUGAAGGAUGGAUUUUAAGUAUCAGCUACCAGCUCAAUACUUUUGAAUGCAGGUUUUAAGGUUGGUACUGACUCUCUUGAAUGGCGGGAUAGCUUUAGAUUCUUGAAAUCCAUGAUGAUGUUGGAUUCCAUUCACGAUAUCUUGGCCAUUCUUUCCAAUUUUUGUAAUUUGAUUAUAUAUCUUUUUGUGAGUUCCUUGGAAUUUAGGUAUAUUUUGAUGUACAGAUAGAAAUGGAGAAUGCCAUAUAUGCAGGUUCAAGGAGAACUUGCAUUGGUGGAUGUAACUAAAAUUUAAAGCACCUUUUUACAUGAUAUGGAAAAAUGAGGCUACUCAUUUUUGAGUUUGAAAUGGUAAAAAUCAUUAGGUUCCAGAUGUAAUAGUCUGUUGAAAAUUUGAUACGCAUAUUUGAGACA